ACCAGGAAGGGGAGACGCUAGAAUCCUGGCUCAGUGAGUGAAUUAACCUAUGUAUCCAAUCAAUUAAUUGACAUUAUUAGCUUAUUGCAUUGCAUUGAAUUAAUGGAGUGAAUGAAUGAAGAGUGCGAUCUGUUGAACUGUCUGCAAUCCUCCAGGGCUACUGCCUUCGAGGCAUCCCGAUUCUAGGAUCUGUGUUAGCGUUCUCGUUCUAAGCAGCCGUUUCAGGAAAGCUGGGCACUGAAUCUGGAUCAGUUGUGGGAGGCAAACAUUCAAGCAUAAACCCAGGGGAUGUGGCCGCUGAACCUCAGCUGAGCUCCCUUUUGAUUUCGAGAGUUAAGACAGCUGAAUUGAUGAUCACGAUUUUAGUAUCAAGCGCCUAUCUUGUGUUGGUUGACAGGUAUAAUUGAUAGCCUUUCGAGGAACUGGGGGCUAACGUUACAGUGGUGGCUACACUGCAUGUAUACUCGUUGUGGCAUUGAUGCUAGUAGCCAGUGCAAUGUGGAGGAUGACAGAGGAUGGAUGACACAAUCGAAUUCUUGACUGUCAGUGUCAGGUUGCUCACAUGUGUUGUCCUUUCAACAAGUCUGUCAGCUCUCAACUGUAAAGGCAUGUGUUAAACACAUUGUCGUCUUAUUUGAUCUCACUAUAGAUAAAGCCACCCAUCCAACAAACAGACAGGAGGAUUGGGAGUACAUCAUCGGUUUCUGUGACCAGAUCAAUAAGGAAUUGGAAGGGUAUGUUACUUCCUGAUUCACCUAAUACCAUUGUGUAAAUUCAGUAUGUAUUAGCUAUCUUUGACCCAUUGUUAUAGUAUGUAUAGGAAAUGUGUCAAUGUAACCCAAUCUCUUUGUGCAGUCCCCAGAUAGCUGUCAGGUUGCUGGCUCACAAAAUCCAAUCGCCGCAAGAAUGGGAGGCGCUUCAGGCUUUAACAGUGAGUAUUGUUUGUUUGUACUAUUUCAUUUUGUCCAAUAUUGUGUUCUAGCCCUGAGGCAUAGCUGUAUGUACUCAUAUGGAGUAUACAGUCUUGUCUCAGGGCUAUAUAGGCCACAGGAGGUUGGUGGCACCUUAAUUGGGGAGGACAGGCUCAUGGUAAUGGCUGGAGCGGAAUCAGUGGAAUGGUAUCAAACACAUGGUUUCUUUGUGUUUGAUGCCAUUCCAUUAAGUUUGUUCCAGACAUUAUUAUGAGCCAUACUCCCCUCAGCAGCCUCCACUGACAAAAUUAAAACAUUUAACAAAUGUAAUUCUCCCAGGUAUUAGAGGCAUGUAUGAAGAACUGCGGGAGAAGGUUUCAUAAUGAAAUCGGGAAAUAUCGGUUUCUGAACGAGCUGAUCAAAGUUGUUUCUCCCAAGGUGAGUGGACUUGGUAUCCUGAAUGCGUUAUUCUAUUCUUCUUCUAUUUUCCUUGUGUGCUGUGUGUGAAUACAUCACUGACAAAUAUCUGGUACACUUAUAUCUAGUACAUGGGAGACAGAGUGCCAGAGAAGGUGAAGACUAAGAUCAUUGAAAUGCUGUACAGCUGGACAGUGGCUUUCCCCAAUGAGGCCAAAAUCAACGAAGCAUACCAGACACUAAGGAGACAGGGUAAGACUUGGUUUCCACUAGUUACCACAGCCACUAUGGCUGGGAAUUGUCAGGGACCUCACGAUACGAUAUUAUCACGAUACUUGGGUGCCGAUACGAUAUGCAUUGUGAUUCUCACGAUUCUAUAUAUAUUACGAUUCGAUACUGUGAUUUUAUUGCGAUUCGAUGUUCCAAACAUAUUGCUCACCAUAUGUCUGCUGCAGAGGGAAAAGAGAGAGUCAUGAGAAAACAAGUUUUGAUCAGUCAUUGCAAAUAAAAUAGCUGAAAAGAAAUUGGUUCAUAAUAUAAAAAGAAGAUUGAGAACAAGCUAUGAAGGAAAAAUACUGGAGUUUUGGUUUUAGAUACAGCAAACUAGCGCAAAAAUAAUAUUGCGAUAUUGUCAAUACGAUACGAUAUAUUGUCAAAUUAUAUCCUGAUAUGUAACUGUAUCGAUUUCCCCCCCAUCACUAUAUAAUAUAAUAAUAAUAAUAAUAAUUAGCCACAAAGUCAAAAUUGGCUAUAUCGUAAAAAUUAAUGAAAAUUUAAAUGUGCUUUUUGGUCUUAAUUUAAAGUUAGGGUUAGGUAUAAGGUUAGCAGUGUGGAUAAGUUUAGGUUUAAAAUCACAUUUUAAGAAAAUAAAUUGUAGAAAUGGGUGGGGUUUAUGACUUUGUGGCUGUGGUAACUAGUGAUAACCGAAAGACCUUUGUCCUCCAAUCAGGAAAUAUCCUCUGCUAUUUCUUUGUGUGUGAUUGGGCUCAGGCUCAAUACCAUUUAAAUUCAGGAAGUUAAAGGAUAUCCUUCCUCAAUUUUCCUCAUUGCUUUGAAAUGGAACACUGUUUCCUAUCAGGAAAUAAUAAUAACUAGGUGGGUGCUUAUAUUUGUCCUGUUGGAAAUGUGUUUUGCAUAUCCCAACUCCCGGAGAGUGUGUUCACAGCCAGGGUCUGCCAUUAUCAAUGGCGACCCUUGAGCAAUUAGGCUUAAGUGCCUUGCUCAAGGGCACAUCAACCAAUUUUUUGGUUGCUGGCCCAACGCUCUAACCGCUAGGCUCCCUGCUUAAUACCAUUUCAAUUCAGGAAGUAAACUGAUAUUCUUCAUCAAUUUUCCUCAUUGCUUUGAAAUGGAACUCUGUUUGUGAUGAAUAGUCCCAUAGAGUUAUUUUAGGUUAUUCUUUAAAUCUUAUCUGUAAACUAAAUCACACACACCUUCCCCUCUUCAGGCCUUGUAACUACGGACCCUGAGCUCCCAGUGGACAAGACUCUGAUUCCUUCACCCCCCACACGUCCCAAUAACCCUGUGUUUGACAAUGAGGACAUGGGCAAGGUGAGACACUGGCUCCAGACUGAGUGUAUCCACAGUACUGGUCUUUAACCCUGGUCCUGGACCCUGGUCCUAGAGAACUAUGUGUGGUGUGCAGACUUUUUUUUUUUUGUUUCAGCCCAGCACUAACACACCUACUUACAGCAAAACACUGAAACCUUGAUUUGCUGAAACGGGGGUUAUCGUGCUGGGCUGGAACAAAAGCCUGCAUUCCUUCUAGCUCUCUAGGACCAGCAUUGCUGACCACUGAUGUACAGAUAGGGUCAAACAAGCAGAUGUCAAUGUCACCAUGGAUAUUUGACAGGGACAUGCCUUUAUGUGUGUUUAGCUGCUAGCAGAGCUUCUGAGGAGCAAAAACCCAGAGGACCUGCAGGAAGCCAACAGGCUCAUCAAGAACAUGGUGAAGGAGGUGAGAGACAACGACCUGCCCUUUAAGUGUUUAUAAAGGCUGUUGUAAGGAGCCGUAAGCUGUUAUGAAUGCUCAUACUCAGCCUGUGACAUACCACCUGUGUGUUCAUAAUCAUAAUGGGUUCAUAAGACUGUUUUAACUAGCUUUUAGUGGUAAUAAAUGCUUAUAGAAAGGCUUUUAUUAACUGGGUGGUUCGAGCCCUGAAUGCUUAUUGAUAUAUGAGACCGUAUACCACGGGUAUGACAAAACAUUUAUUUUUACUGUUCUAAUUAUGUUUGUAACCAGUUUAUAAUUGCAAUAAGGCACCUCGGGGGUUUGUGGUAUAUGGCCAAUAUACCACAGCUAAGGGCUGUAUCCAGGCACUCCGUGUUGCGUCAUGCAUAAGAACAGCCCUUAGCUGUGGUAUAUUGGCCAUAUACCACACCUCCUCAGGGCCUUAUUGCUUUAAUAAUUCACCAUGGUAUAAUAAAUACACUAUAGAAAACAUUACACACAGAUGGUUCUUAGAAAAUGUUAUCAUAGCCGAUCAUGCAUCCAUGUUAGAAGUUCUCUAUCACACUUGUAUCGUUCUGUUUUCCCAGGACGGCUGAAUGUAUUUACAAUAUAACUGUUGCGCAUGCAUAUAAGGCUGUUAUAGCAAUGUAUAACAAUGUUAUAACAAGUCUUGAACAUCUUAUUAACCCUUAUUCUCCCAGGACGAUGUCAGGGUUCAGAAAGUGACCAAACGCAUCCACACUCUGGAGGAGGUGGGCAUCAAUGUCAAGCUGCUGAGUGAGAUGCUGUCCCACUACGACAAGGACAGGUCCUCCCAGUCAGACAGAGAGAUCAUCAAGGUGUGUGUUCCGUUCAGACUCCACACACAUCACACUUAGCCCUAGUUCAAACAUCGCUCUAUCGCCGCACCGAACAAAAUAAUAUGUCACUUUCUCUUUGGAAGAGCGGGGAUAGAGUGCCGUCUGAAACCAUAGUGCGCCUCGUCUGACCUUCGACAAUAGUUUGUCAGUCUCUGCUGCUCUUGUGGCGCAGUGAUUGUGAAGCAUGCCUCUGUUUCAUGCAGUGUGCCAGAGCAGUUCUUCCACUGUCGGGAGAAAUGGUCAUGAAUAUGAAUAUAUGUUAAUUGCAUGCAAAUAAAGGUUGCUUGGCUACCACACCCACAAUGGAAGCACAAUCAUGGCUGAUUCACAGGUGGAGGACUUCUGAUAGGUGGCUGUUAUGCCUGAAUUCAACCCAAAAGCUACGAGGAAGUCUGCAGUGUUGAGAGAGCGGUUGUAUGAAAGCAAUCGGUACGUCAAGCAGGCUCUCAGCCGUGCCAGCCCACUUUUCAUUUCUAUUCAGUUCUACUUGCCAAAAGUUCAGCAUCUGAACUGUGCGUUACUUAGAUACUUAUCAUCUUUUCUCCCUGUGAAGCAAUAAGACCCCUAUAUAUCACCUCAGGCUAUAGCCAGUCCUUAACAGUUUUACAGCCAGUCCCAAUUUGUUCCCUACCACUUCCCCUGGGCCCUAACCUUUCGAUGCUUGCAGAUCUGAAGGGUCUGGAUAGGUAUAAGCAGUUUAGUGGUGGAGCUUCCAUCAUAUUGCUUACUCCUUACAUAUCUGCAAACACCAAAGUGUUAUGUCCAAGAGGAAGUGGUAGGGCCAAGGGGAAGGGGUAGGGAGCGAAUUAGGAAUGGCUGCUAGAAUGAUAUGAGUGUGGUAGACUUUGAUGUUAUGUGAAAUUAAUUUGAAUUGUAAACCGUGUCAGUGGCUGAUUGAAGCAUGUCGUCGUACAUUUCCUUUAAUAACAGGAACUAUAUGACCGCUGCGACAAGUUGAGACGCGCUGCUUUCAAAAUGGCCACCGAGACUGAAGAUAACGACACAAGUUUAGGUGAGGAAAUACAGUUAUUUUAAUGUUUUUCUACCUCUUACAUUGUUAUUUGUUGUUCCAUCUCUUAACCUCUGACCUUUGCCCUCCAGGUGAGAUCCUGCAGGCCAGCGAUGACCUCUCACGGGUCAUCAACUCCUACAAGAAGAUUGUCAAGGGACAGACGGUGAAUGGAGACAGCGAGGAUCCUAGAUCUGCAGCUGGUGAAGGUGAGUGAUGGCAUGCACACUUUCAGCUCUUUUCAUAGCACUUUCAGAGCAAACUGUUUCCUUUCUGCCAUUUUGUAUCUCUCUCUUUCUACCUCAUUCGAUUUCAAUUCAUCUCUCUGCUUCCUUCUACCUCUCUCCACCUCUCCCUCUUUCCCUCUCUCUAUUAUACAGAGACCACAGGGAACAGUGACAACACAGAGACCUUGAUUGACCUGGCUGGCAUUGACAUUCCAAACUCCACCCCUCCUCCGCCUGCCCCUCUCCCAUUGGUCUCCGAUCCCACAGCUAAUCACCUGGGGUUCCCAAUCCCUGUCUUGCCUCCUCCUCCAAAAAGGUUGGCCGGGUCGCAUGCCAGUCAGAACAACAGCCCCAGCCUCCCAGCCACCGACAAGGCCCUCAAUGCUCUCUCUCUCCUUGACGAUGAGCUGCUAUCCUUAGGUACCUCACUGACCUUGCAUUUUAUGGAAGUUAUGUGUAAACGCAUUUUUAUUAAAUGUAGGCCAUAUUUCCUAUUUGAUUUUUAUUCAAAAUAUAUUCAUGAGGACUGUGUUCACCAAUGUUCAGACAAUACCCCAUGGUACUUAAUUUCAUUAUGCCAGCAGCAUACCACCCUGCAUCCCACUGCUGAAUUGUCUCUGAAGCUCAGCAGAUUAGGUCCUGGUAGGUCCUUGGAUGGGAGACCAGAUGCUGCUGGAAAUGGUGUUGGAGGGCCAGUAGGGGGCACUCUUCCCUCUGGUCUAAGGGGAUACCAAUGCCCAGGGCAGUGAAGGGGACAUUGCCCUGCAUAGGGUGCCGUCUAUCGGAUGGGACGUUAAACGGGUGUCCUGACACUCUGUGGUUACUAAAGAUCCCAUGGCACUUAUCAUAAGAGUAGGGGUGUUAACCCUGGUGUCCUGGCAACAUUCCCAAUCUAGCCCUCAUACCAUCAUGGCCACCUAAUCAUCCCCAGCUUCCAAUUGGCUCAUUCAUCCCCUCUCCUCCCCCCUGUAACUAUUCUCCAGGUCGUUGCUGUAAAAGAGAAUAUGUUCUCAGUCAACUUACCUGGUAAAAUAAGGGUCAAUAAUAAUAAUAAUUUCCCUUCUGUCUUUUUUCAGGCCUGAACAAUCCAGUUCCUUCUCUGAGCAGCCAAUCAAAACCAAAGCUGGAUGAAAUAGCCAAUCCGUGGACCUCCUUACAGGUAGUUCUUCUUGAUGAUGACCACAAUGGUCAGAGCAUUAAAAAGCAUUACUUGUUUUCUCCUGUCAUUUUCUGUGUCUCUACCAGUGAGGUAGUUUGCACAACUCUUGUGAUACAUUGGGUAGAUUUGUAAGUGUCUCUUCCCUUCUAUCCAUCUCCAGGCUCCUGAUCCUGGCCUGGACUUGUUUGGCGCUAUAGCGGGACCAGGCCCAGUAUUUCCCCCAGUCCAGCCAGCGCCAGCCCCCGCCACGGCCCCCGCCACCCACAGCCUCCAGGACCUCCAAGACCUGGCCAUGCUGGACUUUGGAGAGCCAAAGAGGUGCUCAAUUAACCUUACUCGCUUUACUUCGCUGGUAAUAUUGUAGAUCAAUUCAAGGUAUUAUAUUACCCACAUUGAAUUAGAUCAGGUGCUUCAGUGCAUGGCUGAAGUGAAGCAACAUUUCUGAGGUAAUCCGAAGGCUCAGGGUUGUCAUUAAUAGUGCAUCCCAUCAUUACAUUACUAGAUGCUACUCAACAUUAUCCUGAAUAUGGUACAAAUCAACAUGCUCUUGAUUGCACACUUGCUUGUUUGAUUUAGUUAUGUCUCCACAGAGAGCUCAUGUUUUCUGUCGUUUCCAGUUUGCGCGUUGGUGGCCGAUUCGGGAUGGCACCCUCCUUGGGGGCCAUCGUCCCCCCGGUCCCCCUCUCCUCGACCUCCCUCCUCCCAGGCCCCAUGCCCGGCUCCCCAGCGGUGUCCCACACCAAAGCCAAGACGCUGAGCUCCGCCCCGGGCAGCCCCCUGUUCAGUUCCCUCUCCCCCUUCCAUCACUCCUCCUUCCAGGGGGGCAGUCCAGCCAGGGGGCUAGGACCGGAGGCCUCCCUGGGCAACGUGCACGUCCCCCUGGAGGCCAUCAGACCCAGUGAGUCCUGCAGAUAGGGGAGGGAGGUAGAAAGGGGAACAGGAAAUGCCUCUUAUAUCCUCCUGUGAAAUUGAACGUUGUUCGUCUUUUUUAACCAUUUGAUGUCCACAGUACACUGUCUGGAUAACAUUGAUAUAGCCUCUCAUUGCCUCUGUCCUAUCCCCUCCAGGUAAAGUGCUCCCUGUAACGGCCUAUGAUAAGGACGGGGUGCGUGUGCUGUUGAACUUUGCCUCAGACUGUCCCCCUUGCAGACCAGACGUACUGGUGUUAGUGGUGUCCAUGCAGAACACUGCACCACUGCCCAUUCAGAACGUGGUCCUACAGGCCGCCGUGCCAAAGGUAACACCCAGGCGCAAUACACACAUGGUACACGCACACGCUUUGUGUACACUUGCCGUGUCUAGACGCCAUAGGAGUCUACAGCCAUGUCUCAGGGCAAUGUGUACACAUGCACUCAUAUAACACUUACAGGUCUGGCCACUCCUGUAAACUUACUCACUCAAACAUUGUAUCAUUUCAUCCAAACAAAAGGUGAUGGGUCCGCACUCAAAAAUGUUGCAUAAAGCUUACUUCAUUUUUAAAAUAGAUGUUUGAUUAUUUUCACUGCAUCAGGGAUAGCGAACACAGACGUUUCGGCUUUGCAGCCAUCUUCAGUGUGUAAUUUCACCCACAAACCCACUUUCACACACUCCUUAACCCCUCCUCUCCUUGUCCUCCAGUCCAUGAAGGUGAAGCUGCAGCCUCCGUCAGGAACAGAGCUGGCUCCCUUUAACCCCAUCCUUCCCCCGGCCUCCGUCACACAGGUCAUGCUGCUGGCCAAUCCCCUGAAGGUAAGAGCAGGGCCAGGAGUAUUUCCUGGUAAGGUCACAUGGUCAGGGAAAAGUCAUAUGACCUACCUAGGGCCCAGGUCACGUGGUUAGGGAGCAGCCCACUUCUCUAAUACACAGGCCAGAGUCAUUGUAGGACAAGGGCUCGAUCUCAAUUCAUCUUUCCAUGUUUCCUUGCAUCCUAUCUCAUCUUUUCAACUGUAUUGGAGGUUCAUGGUCCCUCCUCUCUGACUCUUCUCCAAUGUGUUUUGGGGAGACGAGGAGAGAGAGGAUGUGAGGAAUCAAGGAAAGAUUAAUUGAGAUAGAGCCUAGGUCUUUUUGGACCUGAUGGGCUUCCUUACACUUUAUAGUCUUUGUGAAACCCCUUGCUGACCUUCUUCAAACUUUUGCCUCUUGCAGGAGAAGGUGCGUCUGCGCUACAAGCUGGCGUUCACUCUCGGAAACAGGCAGUGCUCAGAGGUGGGCGAGGUGGACCAGUUCCCCCCGCCAGACAGAUGGGGUCACCUAUAGCCACCCCCAUACACCACAGAGCCGAGGUGGUCCAAACCAACACUCCAUGAUGGGGGUGUUAACCACACAUACCCCAGAGAGAGAGAGAAGCCAAGGAGAGAAUAGGGUGGGAGAAAUGUGCUGCAAUGUUACAGUACCAACAUAGUGCUACCUACCAGCCAACCCUUCCGUUUCUUUUAGAUUGUUUUGAUGUUUUCUUUGUAAUUGCCCAGUUGCUAUUGAGGCACCUGUAACUUUGUAAGCGUAAUAUAGCAUACAUGGCAUACAGUUUAAGCCAGUUUUGCAAUAGCUUGCAGAGCUUAACAGAGUUUGUAUUGCAUAUUAUUCCAGGACUGCAUCUCAACUAAAAGGGACACAAGAGCAAAGAGACAUGUAGCUUAGUGGGCGGCAGGUAGC